GCCUAGCAAAACGCGACCAGUAGUUAAAUUGUUUUCCAUCACUAGCUAGCUACAUUAAUUAUUGACUGCUGCGUUUCCACCGAGAGGCUUGUCAGAGGUUACCAAGCGCCUGAUUUUCAAACCAUACGCACAGCUCGCGUCAAUUCGGACUCCCCAGACCCGAAAUGAGGGACAGCACCCUUCCGUAAAGCUGCUUUCUCACAAAGGGGCGCCACCACCUGCUCGACUGAAUGCAUCGCGCCGGCUCCCGCGCCAUCUCGGCGCGCGCCGUGAGCGGCAGCCGACCGCCCGGCUUGGGUCUUGGCCGGGACCUCGGCCUUUCUGCAGCACGCUGCGAUGUCUUGAAUACUGCGCAGAGAUGUAUUCGGCUGCAGUGUGCUAGUGACAAGUCUUUCCCCCGGACUUGGUCUCGUCUGUACAGCUCCUCAUCUCCUGCCGCUGCGGCCGCGAGCCCCAGUGCUCCAGACCCCCCGCAGGAGUCACAGCCACCUAUGCCGCCGCCGGACGAACCAGGAGCACCAUUCUCGCCACAAGAUGUAUCCCAAUUCCCGCCUCAACCAUUGAGGAGAUCGCUGCGACGUGCCCCUCGGACUACAACAUCAUAUCCCCCGGUGGACCUGCCCAGCUGGUUUUUGGACAACUACGUGACCCUAGCCGGCGAAGGACUCAACUAUCCCGCUGAUCAUUGCGAAAAACCGCAUAAGCUGACGGAAGAGAUGAAGCGCUUCAGAGAAGAGGGAGAAUUAUCAGAGGGUGACGACUUUGGCCUUGAAGGCUACGUGGCUGCCUUCAAAAAAGCGGCAGAUGCUAUACAAUCACAUCGACCGUCGGAGCCCGGACUCCAGGAUCACAUUGAACUUGCACUGAGCAUGGGUGGCCGUGUAUUGGCUGCAGGAUUCUCCCAGGUGUAUUUUGCCCAGCACAGGGACAUGGAACAAAUGUUCCGGGGAAGGAGAGAGCAACAAAACGCACUCAACAGACUAAAGCGCCAUUUGAUCGACCGAGACCUGACGCAUCGCAGUCUGGGACGGCAUGCCCAGGGCCAUCUCGUCCAAGACGGCAUCGACCUAGAAGCCAUCGGUUUCAAGACAGCCGUCACUGCCGAGCUAACCGCGGCAGCUAGCCUUGCGUCAAGAACCCUGCCUGGAAGUACUCGCCGACCAGUUCCUGUUCUGCGAACAGAACGCUUUGCGGGCGCACCACUGACAAGAGCUGUCGUUGAGAAGGCCGUCGAGAGGAUUGGGGUAGAUGUGAUCUAUCUUGACGCUCACGUGCUGGCUGAGAUAAUCGGCAAAUAUCUGGGACAGGAUCCAUACAUGAAUAAGGGGCCAUACACCAUGCUCGGCUUGAACAUAGAAACCCUCAACAGUCGAGUUAUGGCGACGCCUGCGGGCGGUCCGAUGUUGCCUUUUGGGGAAGCUGAUGGUGAUUCGGGGAUUGAUCCAUUGGCACGUACUGAAUCCGUCGUGGUCGGCCCAGAAGCCAUCAAGACCCUCCGGAGGCUAUUCCAUGGCGAUACAGACAACAAACCAGACGGGAAUCGCUGGGAUGAUCUGAAACUUGGCCAUAUCUUGGAGCAGAUGCUGACCGCGCCCGAGAUCAAGCGUAGCACUAAAUCACUGCCGUACAAGGAUGUGUCUAGACCAACAGUUGUUCAUCUCCACAACUUCACGGAGCUGCACAAGAUCAAGGAGGGCUCGUUCAUAGUGUCCAAGUUGCGAGCCACUGUUGACAGAUUGCUGCGAGAACAACACAAGCACAUCGUGCUAGUAGGUUCCACGAGCCCUAUAACCGGACGCCUGACGCCGAGGGACUUUGGCAGGAUGGUUAUGCAGCCCAACACCGACCUGGAGAUUCACGAGUAUCUCUUUGCCCAACCAAUACCGGAAGAGGUACAACGUCGAGUCUCAGCGGACGGCCUGAAACAAAUAAACCUGACCAAUCUGGCUAACCUUAUGGAAGCCAUGCUGGGUGAGGAGGUGGUCUUCCGGCUAAAUGACGAAAACAUGGCGGAUUCUACCUCUGCUACGGAUUUUGAAAGGACCGUCUUCGAUCACACCAUGCUAUACCGGGUUGCCACACGGCUAAUUGCCAAACAGAAGGCCGGGGAACCUAAAAAGGUCUACAACCAAGAUGAUUUAUAUGCCGAGUUGCUAGAAUGGCAAGAGAACAUGUGGCAUGAUUUGCGCAGGAACUCUGGCUACAUGGAAGGCGGCAAGGGCCCCAAAAAUUCCAAUGCCUUUACGCGCGUCAGACUCGGCGACGACGACCUACCAAAGUUCGGUGCACUGCGCGGGUUCUUGGGGGGCCACGGUGCAGAUGAGGGGGAAGCGAACGAGGAAUACGACAAGUACGAAAAGCAGCUCCUAACCGGGCUGGUCCGAGCCGAAGACAUCAGAACCACCUGGGAGGAUGUGGUCUGUUCCCCCGAGACCAAGGAGUCUCUUCAAGCCAUGACCUCGCUGGUUCUCACCCGCCCAGAGGCUUUCUCGUAUGGUGUUCUCGCUAAGGAGCGCAUUCAGGGAUGCCUCCUAUACGGGCCGCCGGGGACGGGCAAGACCCUUAUGGCCAAGGCAAUUGCGCGCGAGUCCGGAGCCAACGUCCUUGAGGUCAGCGCCGCGUCCAUUAACGACAAGUAUCACGGCGAGAGCGAGAAGCAUGUUCGGGCCGUCUUCUCCCUUGCCAGGAAGAUGUCGCCCGCCGUCAUCUUCCUGGACGAGGCCGACGCCCUACUCGGCUCUAGGUCAAACAGCAGGGGGAGAGGCGGCUUCAGGGAGACGUUAAACCAGUUCCUAAGGGAGUGGGAUGGCCUCACCGAGAUGAAGACAUUUGUCAUGGUGGCCACCAACCGCCCCUUUGACCUUGACGACGCCGUGCUGCGUCGCAUGCCCCGUCGCAUCCUCGUGGAUCUGCCUCUGAAGGAGGCUCGACUCAAGAUCCUACAGGUGCUCCUCCGCGACGAGCAUCUCGAUGACUCUGUCAGCCUCGAUGAUAUUUCGAGUCGUACAGAGAUGUGCUCAGGCUCAGACCUCAAGAACAUAUGUGUCGCCGCGGCCAUGGAGGCCGUCAAGGACGAGAUCAAGGCUCGCGACACCAGCCCAGACCCAGACUCACACGUUUUUCCGGACCACAGGACCCUGACGGUUGACCACUUUGAACGCGCUCUGAAGCAGAUCGGCGCCAGCAUCAGCGGCGACAUGGACUCGCUCAAGGCCAUCCGCAAGUUCGACGAACGCUUCGGAGACGCCCAGGGACGCGGCAACCAAAAGGCCCGAAACGUCAUGGGCUUUGCCGUCGGGGCCGUCCCUUCCCGAUCGGGAGAUGCGCGCGUCCGUCGCAGCGACUCUGCCUAGCCAGAGAGUUGAUUAGCUUCUCUGUUGUCCUUGUUCUUUGUUUCACGUACCCCCAAUCGUGUACGCAGACUAAAAAGAAAAUUUGGUUUUACCAUGUGUUACUAUCUGUAGAUCUUAGGAGGAAAAAAACAACAUGGGACUGUAAGAAAGAGAAGAAUGAAUAACCAAAACAAGCAAAAAGAAAUCAUAGACGCCUGUAAAAUGCUAGCAUAUAAAUGGUCAUAGAACAUACAGACCCAGCAAACAAUCAGAAACUAAUAGUAUCAAAAACUCCAUUUCCAAUGCUG